AUGAAUUGUGCUCAAGGGUACUGGGGCGCAGAUUGUAAAAGUAGAUGUUCCGAAGGAUGCACGGACAUUGGAUGUGACAAAGUUACUGGCUCUUGCUUUGAAUGCGACUCAGGAUAUCACGGAUUCUGGGGCUCCAACUGUUCUAAUAUUUGCCCGAAUAAUUGUGAAAGUUGUGAUAAAUCUAGUGGCACAUGUUUGUUUUGCCCAAACGGUUUUUGGGGAAGUAACUGUUCGAAGCCAUGUAGUACUAAAAAUUGUAAAAUGUGUGAUAUUAAUACAGGCUUCUGUAAAUCAUGUGAAUCAGGCUUUUGGGGACCAGAUUGCAACUACCGAUGCAAUAACUGCUCCAACAUAAAAUGUGAUAUUUCCACCGGUGCAUGUGAGACAUGUCCCGAUGGUUUUGCAGGAGAAAAUUGUAAUAUAAAGUGUGAAAUUUCUACUUGUUUAAUUUGGCAGUGUGACAAAAAGCAAGGAUUUGUUUGUUCAAGCUGCCUUAACGGAUUUUGGGGAACACUUUGUGGGAAACGAUGCAUGCCAAAUGGAAAUUGUAACUACUGCGAUAAGACAACUGGAAUAUGUGAUUCAUGUGUAAGCGGAUAUUGGGGAACAGUAUGUGAGAAGAAAUGCAGUGAAAGCGAUACUUGUGAAUACUGCGACAGAAACACUGGAAUUUGUAAUUCUUGUUUAAGCGGAUAUUGGGGAAAUCAUUGUGAACACGGUUGUCCUAAAAACUGUGAUGGAAAUUGCCAUAAAAGUACAGGUAGGUGUUCUUGCAAACAUGGAUUCUGGGGAGACUUAUGUGAGAGGAAAUGUCUGGCUGGAGACAGAUGUCAGUAUUGUAGCAAAACAUAUGGAACUUGCAGCGCGUGUAAAAACGGUUACUGGGAUAGUUUGUGUGAAAAAGAAUGUCCUAUAGUCUGUACAGGACAAUGCGACAGGUAUACAGGAAAAUGUUCCUAUUGCAGGCCCGGUCUCAGGGAUGUUAACUGUAACAGAACAUGCAUAGAGAAAAAUUGUGAGACAUGCAAAGGUACUGGGGAUAGUUACUCAUGUACCAAAUGCCGAGCGGGUUAUUGGGGCCAAGGCUGUGAAAAUCAGUGCAGUUCCGAGCGAUGCCUGGAAUGUCAUAUGACUGAAGGACGGUGUAUAUUGUGUGAGGACGGUUUUUGGGGAAAUUCGUGCAAUCAAAAAUGUCAAAACAGUUGCCAGUGCUGCAGUCUGACUUACGGUACUUGCAGCGCACCACAUUACUGUUUGAGGAUACAUGAUAGGUACCAUGCAACAGAAUCACUUUCGCAGAUAGAUUAUACAUUGAUCAUCGUUGGUGUAAUACUGAUUGUUUGCUCUUUAGUGGUGCUGUCUCUGGCGCUUGGUCUGUUUUGCUACAUAAAGCGUCGAAGUAAGAAAAGGGAAGGCGCAGCUACAUCCGAAGAUCAAAAUUUUGCAAAGCAAAGUGGUUCAUAUACAGAGGAGAGUGAGAGACAGGACACAGUUGAGAUAUCAUCGCUUCAGACCAGAAAAGUCAAUCGUUCUUAUAUGGUUCAGGAAACAAACAAAGUAUUUGAAGAAGAAGUAGAUCAUGAAAGCGUCGUCGAGACAGAUGACACCUACGAAAAUCCGUAG